AGCCCGCAGUCUCCCAGCAUCAGCACCAGCAGAGACGUCUCUCUCUCUCUCUCUCUCUCUCUCCAUCCUCCUCCGAUCCGCUCUGCUCGCCUCCUCCUUCUCCGUUCACUGCGGAACACAUCGGCCCGUUUCUCCUCACAAUCCCUCCCAGCUCGCCAUGGACAACUCCGGCAAAGAGAAGGAGGCCAUGCAGCUGAUGGCUGAAGCCGACAAAAAGGUCAAGGCGUCCGGAUCCUUCCUCGGGGGGAUGUUCGGGGGAAACCAUAAGGUGGAGGAUGCCUGUGAAAUAUACGCCAGAGCAGCCAACAUGUUUAAGAUGGCAAAGAACUGGAGUGCUGCGGGGAAUGCAUUCUGUCAGGCUGCCGGGCUCCACAUGCAGCUGCAGAACAAACUGGACUCAGCCACCAGCUUCGUCGACGCAGGCAACGCUUACAAGAAGGCCGACCCGCAAGAGGCCAUCAACUGUCUAAAUCAGGCCAUCGACAUCUACACCGACAUGGGUCGGUUUACCAUCGCAGCCAAACAUCACAUCACUAUAGCAGAGAUUUACGAGGCUGAGCUGGUUGAUAUUGAGAAGGCCAUUGCUCACUAUGAGCAGGCUGCAGACUACUACAAGGGAGAAGAAUCUAACAGCUCUGCCAACAAAUGCCUCCUGAAGGUGGGACACUACAGCGCUCAGCUGGAGCAGUACCCGAAAGCUAUCGAAAUCUAUGAGCAGGUUGCCAUGAGCACCAUGGACAAUCCUCUGUUGAAGUACAACGCCAAAGAGUAUUUCUUCAAGGCGUCACUGUGUCACUUCAUAGUGGACGAGCUGAACGCCAAGUUGGCCAUAGAGAAGUAUGAGGAGAUGUUUCCAGCCUUCUCAGACUCUAGAGAGCUCAAACUCUUAAAGAAACUGCUCGACGCCCACGAGGAGCAGAACAGCGAGGCGUUCACGGAGGCCGUCAAGGACUUCGACUCUGUGUCUCGUCUGGACCAGUGGUUGACCACCAUGCUGCUCCGCAUCAAGAAGACCAUCCAGGGAGACGCUGGGGACCUGAAAUAGAUGAGUUUAGAGAUGGGGGAGAAAAAGGGUGGGGCGGGGGGGGAGACAAGGAAGAUCAGGGGAGAGGAGUUAUAAUUAAAUGAAAGGAAGGGAGAAGUGUUAAGAUGUGUUCUGGUGUAAGAAAGGUAAAAAAAGAGAGACAGACAGAUGAAAGGGGGGAGGGAGGGUGGGACUGAGGGAGUUUACAGUUGUACAUAUCUGCAUGUGACCCCCACCUAGCUAAGCUUCACCUUUACACACCACCUUUAGAUAAUCCCGUGUCCCUGGUCCUUCAGUAUUGUUCCUGUAACACUGGACCCAAUUGUACUUAAAGAGAAAUAAAUAAGUGUGUGUGUGUGUGUGAGAGUGUGUGAGUGAGAGUGUGUGUGUGAGUGCGUAAACUAAAUGAUACACUAUUUGAUGGGAAAGAGUGCUGCUCAUAUUAGAUUUAAGGAUAUAUGUUAUUUAAAAAAGGGAUAACAAUCUUAUUUAUGAGAUUACUAAUAAUUAUAUUUAUUGUCGAUACUAAAAAAAGAUUAUUUAUGUUUAUUAUGGUACUCAGUGUUACGAUUUGUCUUAAUAUUUUAGGUAUUAGCUCCUCUCCUCGCGUCUUUUAUCCUCCUUCACUUCCUCUACUCUUCUGUUCCUCCUCCUUCGUCUCCCCUCCUCCUCUCCUCACCCCUACAUCCCCCCCCUCAUGGUCAGUGAUAUAUCACUCAUUGUGAUUGGUUGGUUCUUUGUGUUCUGGCCAGCGAUUGGUCAGUGCAGUUAGCCACCCCCCGUCACUGCCUCGUUUGUGCAUGUCUGUUGUCAUGUUGAUGUAAGCGUUCCCCGUGUUGUGCUAACGUGUGAAGAACAUACAUGUAGCCUGGUAUCAUUUGUGUGAAAUCAGUAAUUAUGUACCGCAGAAACCGUGUUGAAAUAAAAACAUCAUCGCUCCAGA